UUAUUUUAUUAUGGUAAGAACAUAACAUGAGAUCUACCCCCUCAACAAAUGUUUAAGUGUAUAAUAGAGUAUAAGUACAAUAGUGCACAACAGAUCUCUAGAACUUACUCAUCUUGCUUAACUGAAACUUUAUGCCUGUUGAUUAGCCGUAUGUUUGUUCUUUGAUGUGUCCUGAGCAUGCACACCCGUUUUGCCUGGCACAUAGUAGGCACUCAAUAAAUAUUUGUUGAAUGUUGAAUAAAUUUGUAGUCACAUAAUUGUCACUUUAAAUAACUAUUAAGCACAGCAGGAUAAUACACGAUUAUUUAAAUAGUGAACAUUUAAAAUCUAUAGUAUUUUGUUUUAAUUGAGCAAAUUCUUCUGACUGUUGUUUCUAUAUGCAUCCUAUUAGUUUUAUUUUUUUAAUUAUUAUUUUUUUAUUUUUUAAAAAUAUAUUUUUAUUGAUUUAAGAGAGGAAGGGAGAGGGAGAGAGAGAUAGAAACAUCAAUGAUGAGAGAGAAUCAUUGAUUGGCUGCCUCCUGCAUGCCCCACACUGGGGAUCGAGCCUGCAACCUGGGUAUGUGCCCUUGGCCGGAAUCGAACCUGGGACCCUUCAGUUCGCAGGCCAACACUCUGUCCGCUGAACCAAACUGGCUAGGGCCAUCCUAUUAGUUUUAAAUAAUAUUUCCCAUAGUAGUCUUACUUUUAUAAAAUCGAUUCUUUUAAAAGAGUUUUUUGUUUAAAGAUGAUGGAUAGAACCACCUAAUAGGAAGAUUAAAUGCCAUGUAUAUUUGUGAUAUAUGUUACCUAAACCCUUGAUUGUGCCUGUGGAUUCUCCCCACCUUAUGAGUGUUUAGGUUAUUUUUUAACUAUUCGAUUUACUUUUUAUUUUUUGAUAGAGCUUAACUUUGCUAAAAGACAUACCAGUUCAUCUUUAGCUAUGGUUUGAUGCCCAUAAUUUGGGAAACGAGCUUAGAAUAAAACAUAUUCUUAAAGAGAGAUAGUAGCUUUGAGUAGAAAUAAGAGCUGGGAGGAGCCUUACACUGUGCUGAGAUGACCUGCAGAGCCACAGGACACACUCACUGGAGCCCCAGGUCCACAUUUCAGUGGUGGAUUGAAGCAUUUUGUCUAAAAACAAACAAACAAACAAACAAACCAAAAAACCCCACUAGGUUCCAGAUUUUGUCUACUUUGUUUUUGGAGAUAGCCAAUACUUGGCAAUAUUGAUAACUCUAUUCUAAAUCAAUUUUACAUCAUGUGCUUCUAUCUUUAAAGCUAAAUUUUGUAAAACUGAUUGUUAUGCAUGCUGAUAAAAAGCAAAUGCACAAAAUAAAAAUUUAUAAUGUUAUAAUGUAAAUCAUCUGCUAAAUGUUCUAGUAUCUGCUAAGACAUUGAAUUGUUUUUAACAUUACGUGUAGCUGCAAGAUGUAUUAGCAAUUACAUCCAUAAGAAAGGAAUUUAACAGGCAUUUCCUUGCAAAUCUAGAUACGAGCAACUACUGAAAUUUUCUUGACAUGUGUUUGAUUUUCACUUUCUUUAUAAUGUGUUACUUUGCUGAAACCACAUUCAAAGGCUAGGAAGAUUGAACCCCUGCAAAAUACACUUGAAGGUUAAGUAACUACAGAUCUCAGCUAAUCCUGUGUAAUCUGCUCUUACUAAAUGGCUGUUUGCGUUCCAGGCACACCAGUCUCUGAAUGCUUAGGAUUUGGUUUUUACCUGUUGUUCCAAUAACCUCUAAAAGGAGCAAUGCGUCUCUUAGCAUGUCUGGGCGUUGUGCUUAGCUUUUUGGAAGGAGUGAGUUGUUUAUGUCCGUCACAGUGCACCUGCGAUUAUCACGGCAGAAAUGAUGGCACAGGAUCAAGGUCGGUGCUGUGUAAUGACCAGGAUAUGAAUGAGCUCCCCAUGAACUUCCCCGUGGACACUGGGAAGCUUCGCAUAGAGAAGACCGUCAUCCGCACGAUCCCCGCCGAUGCCUUCUACUACCUGGUGGAGCUCCGGUACCUCUGGGUGACUUACAAUUCUGUCUCCAGCCUUGAGGCCAGCAGCUUUUACAACCUGGGGCGGCUGCAUGAGUUGCGCUUGGAUGGGAAUUCUCUAGCUGCCUUCCCUUGGGCAUCUCUGCUGUACAUGCCCCAUCUAAGGAUCCUGGAUUUGCACAACAACCAAAUAACGAGUGUGCCAAAUGGGGCAGCGAGGUACCUGAAGAACCUCACCUACUUGGAUUUAUCAAGCAACAGACUAACCACACUGCCACCAGAAUUCCUGGAGAGCUGGUCCCAUGUACUUACAACACUGUCCAGAAGCCGGAAGCUUUCAACAACAAGAAUUAUUCUUGGUCUGCAGGACAACCCGUGGUUCUGUGACUGUCACAUUUCCCAAAUGAUCGAGAUAUCCAAAGUUGCUGAUCCCGCCAUAGUACUUCUUGAUCCACUGAUGGUCUGCAGUGAGCCCGAGCACCUGACAGGGAUUUUAUUUCAGCGGGCUGAGCUGGAUCAGUGUCUGAAGCCAUCGGUGAUGAUCUCGGCCACCCGAAUCACGUCUGCUCUGGGCAGUAAUGUCCUGCUACGGUGUGAUGCCACUGGCUACCCCACCCCGCAACUCACAUGGGCCAGAUCUGACCGCUCACCUGUUAAUUACACAGUAAUUCAGGAAUCUCCAGGGGAAGGAGUCAGAUGGUCGGUAAUCAGCUUGACAGACAUUUCUUACAAGGAUGCUGGGGAUUACAAGUGUAAGGCCAAAAAUUUGGCUGGGAUGUCAGAAGCCCUGGUUACUGUGACAGUGGUUGGUGUCACGACCACCAUAGCACCAGACAGUUCUGAAAGAAGGAGUGGAGAUCACCCUGGGCGAGAAGUCCAGCCAGGACCUAGAAGAUCUAUAUCCAUACCUGGUUCAUCGCCAUCUCCCUGGCCUUCUUCCUCCCCUCCUUUCUCUCCCUCUUCUUCCACUUUUCUUUCUACUUCUACUUCAUUUCCUGCUUCUGCUGCUUCCUUCUCCUUAUACCCUUUCUUCUCCUCCGUUGUUUCUCCCACCACAAUUCCAAGCACUAAAAUUUCAACAAGCACCACCAUGGCCAGCCGACAGUCACUCCAGCUCCAUCCAGAUGGGGAAAGAAAUUUAAAGGUGGAGAUGGGUGGAAGUAAGCGUCCCCCAGCUAGUGUAAGUAGAAAAGAAGAGCUGGCAUUAUUGGAUCAAACCACAGUAGAAAACCUCAGGGCAGUCAGCAAGACCAAAGAGAGUGUGACCUUGAUGUGGAACGCCAUCAACACUACGCAUAGCUCUGAGGUGACCGUGUUGUAUUCCAAGCAUGGGGAAGAGGACCUGCUGCUGCUGAAUGCAGACUUCAGCAAGAACCAAGUAACCAUAGAUGGCCUGGAGCCUGGAAGGCAGUACAGAGCAUGUGUCUGUCCAAAAGGAGCGCCGCCCCAGAAAGACCAAUGUAUCACCUUUUCUACUGACAGUGUUGGAGAAGGUCACUCUCAAGAGCCCUUCCUUAUUGCGGUGAGCGGCGCUGCCUGUGUGGUUGUCUUGCCAUUGAUUUUUUUCCUGUUGUAUAAAGUUUGUAAACUGCAAUGUAAGUCAGAAUCCUUCUGGGAAGAAGAUUUGGAGAAAGAGACUUACAUCCAAUUUGAAACCCUGUCCACAAGGUCUCAAAGUAUAGGGGAACUUUGGACACGAAGGCACAGAGAUGAUCCCGAAAAAUUGCUGCUUUGUUCUGGGUCAAGUGUGGAAUCUCAGAUGACUUUUAAAACUGAAGAGAUCUAGACCAGAUUAUUAUUGCUAAGAUUAUAUAGCUCAGGCACAGAAGAACGCACAAAAUAUCUUCCAAAAAAAAAAAAAAAAGAAAAAGAAAAUGAAGAAUUUGAGGGUGUAUUUGCCUCUUUGUUUGGAUGACUUUUGGACAGACUUUCACAUCUUCCAUAAAAAUCACAAAUGGAGUGAUUUUGUGUUUUAAAAAACUACCAUCAGACCUCUGAACUGAACAAGCUUUUUAUUCUUUUUGUUUUUUCAAUCAAAUCUUUAUUGUUGAAAGUAUUACUUAUGUUCCCCUUUUCCCCCCAUUGACCCCUUCUAGCCUGUACCCCCCACCCCCCACCCCAGACCUUCACCACCCUUUUGUCUGUGUCCAUGAGUUAUGUAUAUAUGCAUACAAUGAGCAGACAAUCUUGAUUUUUUUGUAUGGAAGGUGUACAUGGAAAUAAUCUUUGGAACAGUGCGUAUUAACACAUUGCAGACGGAUCACAAGAAUUCUUGUGUUUUCUGUUCUAAGGCUUGUGGUCAAUCAUACUUUAAAAAGAUAUUAUCUUGUAAGAACAUGUAAUAAAUAACUUCAAAAUGCAAUGGGUAUUUAAUUUUAAAGAGUGCCUUUAACAUUUAUGUGAAACAUUUUUUGUACUUGUUCAAUAGAAACUUAUGGGACCACUGGGUAAAGCAAGCAAUAAAAUUACUAGUCCGUAAUGUGCUAAGUUAGACAUAUGUUUUAGGGCAGUGGUCGGCAAACUGCGGCUCGGCAAACCGCAGCUCGGGAGCCACACGCGGCUCUUUGGCCCCUUGAGUGUGGCUCUCCCACAAAAUACCGGCUCUUCCACAAUACCGACUUCUGCACAUGGGCCAUGAAGUUUCAAUUGCACUGUACGUGCGCGCUCGCACGUGGUAUUUUGUGGAAGAGCGACACUCAAGGGGCCAAAGAGCCGCAUGUGGCUCGGAAGCCGUGGUUUGCCGACCACGGCUUUAGGGUAAUGUUUUCGUUGUUAAAAAUAAUUUCAUGGAAAAAUAGUUGUAAAAAACUAAAGUCUGAAUUUUUAAAAGAUAGAUUUGGGGGCAGUGAGGAAAGAUUAGUAUAGCCAGCCAGUGGCUCUUGCUGUGGACAUUUGAUGCCAUUGCCUAGAGGGCCAGAGUGGAACAGUACAGAAUUUCGCAUUGGCUAAGGCUAAGUUCAACCCAAUGGAGAGGGAGGGCUCCAGCUCUUGGUACCAUUGUGCAUUACUACAUUGUAUGGUUGUAUCCAUAUCCCAAGUGAAACUAUUUCCCUUGUCCUUAGAAAUACAGGUAUUAGCAAAUACAUGUUUACAAAGAGGACAUGAUAACUAGUAAGGCCAUUUAAAAAAAUAGUUACUGCUGCAUUCUUAUACAUUUGCUAGCAGACUGUGUGGGUCUUUUUAAGAGCUCAUUUUAAAACAACUUCUUUAGUAUUUUGAUAUUUACUCUUCUUUUUUCCCUCCCUCUCCUCUUCUCUCCCUGCUCCUCCUUCUUUUCGCCCCUUCUGCUUUGUCAGGAGACAUUCAGGUAGUCAAAGGACCAUAUCUAAGCUGUUUUAAUUAUGCUAUGUUAUAUUUUGACCUCUUUGAUAAAAGAAAAACUGUGAAAGUCUUUUUUUUAGAACCAAUAAAAUAUGUAUUAGGAUUAUGAAAGAGCAGCUUCAGUGGAUUUAUUUGGUCAAACUUUCUAGGUUAAAAACAUACGGGAAAUUGAAUUGGAGUGGGUUACAUGACUAGAAAGAAAAAGGGCUUUAAAAAUAAAAUUUAGUUUUUUUUUUUUAAAGUGUUCAUCACCUUUACUAAAAGUUAUAUUCCUUUUGCAUCAAAGGUUUUGGAGUAUAAAUCAUAAAAAAUAUACACAUUUGAAUGGCAUCAAGGUUAUACUGAUGACAUCAUAGCUCUUACGUUCUUACUAGACGCCCGGUGCAUGAAUUUGUGCACGGGUGGGGUCCGGCAGGCCCCGCCCCCUGGUCGAACACCCAGUCGAACUCCCAGUUGAGGGGACCAUUUGGAUAUUAGCCUUUUAUUAUCCUAUAUAAUAAAAGAGAAACAUGUAAAUUAAUCAUCCCUCUGCUACACUCACCAGCCAAUCAGAGUGAGUAUGCAAAUUAACCUCAUCGCCUCCAUGGAGACUGACAGCAGGUAGGAGGCAGCUCCCAGCACGGCCUACUUGGCCGUCGCCGUGGCAACCCAGGA